AUGAACGAAGAUAUCAUGCUUUUCGCCGAGGAGUUGGAGAUGGAGCGCUUGGAGGUGACCCAUGCCAUGGCAGUGAAGGCAAUUGGAAACAGACUCUAUCUUGCCCCGCUUGAGAAAGACAAGGUUCAGAGAAUACUUGACAUUGGCACUGGGAUCGGCAUUUGUGAGGUGCCCCCCAACGUCAAGUUUGAGAUUGAUGACAUUGAGAGUUCGUGGGCUGGAGUCAAAAAAUACGACUACAUAUUCGUUAGACAUAUGCUUGUCGCUAUCGCCGAUUGGCCCAAGUUAGUUCGCAAUGUUUUCAAAUAUCUCAACCCUGGGGGCUGGGCUGAGUUCCAGGAUCUGAACUCUGAGUACUAUUCAGACGACGGAACAUAUACCGAGGAGCAUGCUACGCGCAAGUGGAACAAGCAGUUCGUGGACGCUUGUGAGUCUAUGGGUCGAACCGGCCGCCCAGGACUGAAGCUAGAAGAGUGGGAUAAGGGCGCUGGGUUCCAGAACGUGAAGCACUCUAAAUUCAAUUUCCCUGUCGGUCCCUGGGCUAAGGACCCUCACCACAGAGAGGUCGGCAUGCUGAACCUGAUUCGAACACUGGACGGGUUAGAGGCCUUUUCUCUUAAGCUCUUUUGCGAUGUCUUAGGACAGACGAAGGACGAAGUCCUUGUGAUGCUGGCGAAGAUCCGGCAAGAGAUUAAGAGCAACGCACUCCACGCUAUGUUCGAUCACCACGUUGUAUACGGACAGAAGCCGGAAGAUCAGUCGGAAGAGUCAGACGAAGAGUAA